AUGUCUGAAAUUGUUGUCUCCAAAUUUGGCGGUACCAGCGUAGCUGAUUUUGACGCCAUGAACCGCAGCGCUGAUAUUGUGCUUUCUGAUGCCAACGUGCGUUUAGUAGUCCUCUCGGCUUCUGCUGGUAUCACUAAUCUGCUGGUCGCUUUAGCGGAAGGGCUGGAACCUGGCGAGCGAUUCGAAAAACUCGACGCUAUUCGCAACAUCCAGUUUGCCAUUCUGGAACGUCUGCGUUACCCGAACGUUAUCCGUGAAGAGAUUGAACGUCUGCUGGAGAACAUUACUGUUCUGGCAGAAGCGGCGGCGCUGGCAACGUCUCCGGCGCUGACAGAUGAGCUGGUCAGC